UCCUUUUCUAUAAAUCAUUACCCUAAGACAUCAUCUUCUUCACAAUUCGUUUUCCAGUUUCUCGAAACCUAAAAACAAUCCUUCUCUCUCAAAUCUCUCAACCGUGAUCAAAGAUGCAGAUCUUCGUUAAGACUCUCACCGGAAAGACUAUCACCCUCGAGGUGGAAAGCUCUGACACAAUCGACAACGUUAAGGCCAAGAUCCAGGACAAGGAGGGCAUUCCCCCGGAUCAGCAGAGGCUUAUCUUCGCCGGAAAGCAGUUGGAGGAUGGCCGUACCUUGGCUGACUACAACAUCCAGAAGGAAUCCACCCUCCACUUGGUCCUCAGGCUCCGUGGUGGUAUGCAGAUUUUCGUCAAAACCCUAACCGGAAAGACGAUUACUCUCGAGGUGGAGAGUUCUGACACCAUCGACAACGUUAAAGCCAAGAUCCAAGACAAGGAGGGUAUCCCUCCGGACCAGCAGAGGUUGAUCUUCGCCGGAAAGCAACUCGAGGACGGCAGAACCCUUGCCGAUUACAACAUCCAGAAGGAGUCCACCCUUCAUCUUGUUCUCAGGCUUCGUGGAGGUAUGCAAAUCUUUGUCAAGACGUUGACCGGGAAGACUAUCACCUUGGAGGUGGAGAGUUCUGACACCAUCGACAACGUGAAGGCCAAGAUCCAGGACAAAGAGGGUAUCCCACCGGACCAGCAGAGGUUGAUCUUUGCUGGAAAGCAGUUGGAGGACGGCAGAACCUUGGCUGACUACAACAUCCAAAAGGAGUCUACCCUUCACUUGGUCUUGCGUCUGCGUGGAGGUAUGCAGAUCUUCGUGAAAACUCUCACCGGAAAGACAAUCACCUUGGAAGUUGAAAGCUCGGACACCAUCGACAACGUGAAGGCCAAGAUCCAGGACAAAGAGGGUAUCCCACCGGACCAGCAGAGGUUGAUCUUUGCCGGAAAGCAGUUGGAGGAUGGUCGUACCUUGGCCGACUACAACAUCCAGAAGGAGUCAACCCUUCACUUGGUCUUGCGUCUACGUGGUGGUAUGCAGAUCUUUGUCAAGACCUUGACCGGGAAGACUAUCACCUUGGAGGUGGAGAGUUCUGACACCAUUGACAACGUGAAGGCCAAGAUCCAGGAUAAGGAAGGUAUUCCUCCAGACCAGCAGCGUCUCAUCUUCGCUGGAAAACAGCUUGAGGAUGGUCGCACCUUGGCUGACUACAACAUCCAGAAGGAGUCGACCCUUCACUUGGUGCUAAGGCUCCGUGGUGGUAUGCAGAUCUUUGUCAAGACCUUGACCGGGAAGACCAUCACACUGGAAGUGGAGAGCUCCGACACCAUUGACAAUGUGAAGGCCAAGAUCCAGGACAAGGAAGGUAUCCCUCCGGACCAGCAGCGUCUCAUCUUCGCUGGCAAACAGCUUGAGGAUGGUCGCACUUUGGCUGACUACAACAUCCAAAAGGAGUCUACCCUUCAUCUCGUCCUCCGUCUCCGUGGUGGUUUCUGAAAUGUCUCUGUUAUGGUUUGAGAAGAAGUAGUUCUUGUACCGUUUGUUUACUUAAAACUAAGUACUUUGUCUUUUGGGGCUUUGUAAAGCUCCAGUUAAAUAAUUGAUCAAUCGUGUUUCCGUUCCAUUC